AUAGGUUUACAAAUUUAACUGGAUAUUUAUUGUUUUGUAUGUGCGAUGUGGAAAAACUUACCAAGAAUCGUCCCUUUCUGUCAGAUGACAAUAAACUUUUAGAAAGCAUGUCAAGAUUUUGAACGAGUGGUGAUGAGUAAGCUUUGUUAAACAUGAUGCAAAACACUAAUAUAUCAAUUUGAAAAGCGUUAUAAAUAAGCUGGAGAGAAUGGUGGAAGCACAAGUGACUGGGAGUUUGGAUUCACAAGUUUGGUCGAAAGAUCAAUCUUGUAGGAAAAUACAAAUACUGUGGAAAGCAGGAACACAUAAGUACAGGAUGAUUAUGAAGGAUGCAGCUGUCUCUGAAAAUCUGGAUCGUCUAAUGACACUUAUAAUAUCUAAUCCUCUAUAUCUGAUUGGUUGUGUAGCAGCGUUAGUAGUCCUGGUCAUACCAUUGUUUAUCUUCAUUGUUUUUGCAAUCACAACAAUCACCUUUACUUUUGCUGGGUUUAUUCUUGUUGAAGGUAUUUUGCUGAUAAUAGGUACUGUCAUUUUAUGCUGCGUACUCUUUUGCACUAUAUCAACAGUAACUGUUAUGUUACUUUGUGUAGUUUUGGUUUAUUUUCUCAUAAAUCAAAGUCUAACAAUGUUAAGAAAUAUUAGAAUACACAAGACUUGAGUUUUACAUUUCCAAAAAGAUUUUCAUAUUCUUUCUAAUGUGAUUGAAUAUACACAGAAUUAAAAUGAUUUAAACCUAUAUUUGUUCAAAUUAUCAGUAUAAUGUAAAAUAUUGUAUAUAAUAAACUAUAUUCCAAAUCA